CAUAAGAGCCCCACCUCCGUUGAUUCUCCUCUCGCCCUCUCUCUCUCUCUCUCUAUCUCUCAAAUAGCAAAAGACAGAGAGCAGAGAUCUUGACUUUCCAAGCCAAGCCGAAGAAAGAAGAAGGAAAUGGCGACCCAGCUCAUCGCGGCGCAUCGGGACAACGCCGAGGUCUACGAAGGGGACUCCCUGUGCAAGCUCAAGUCCCGCGAGCUCCUCUCCGAGAUCAACCUCCCCAAGGGCCUCCUCCCCCUGGACGACGCCGUCGAGGUUGGCUACAACCGCUCCGCCGGCUUCGUCUGGGUCCGGCAGCGCAAGCCCAAGGUCCACCGCUUCCGCGCCAUCUCCCGCAGCGUCUCCUACGACGCCGAGGUCACCGCCUUCGUCGGGGACCGCCGGAUGAAGCGACUCACCGGGGUCAAGAGCAAGGAGCUCCUCUUCUGGGUCACCGUCUCGGACAUCUACAUCGACCGGAACGACCCGGGCAAGAUCACCUUCGCGAAUUCGACCGGGCUCUCGCGGUCGUUCCCGGUGUCGGCCUUCGAGGAGGAGCAGGAGGAGCAGGGGCAGGAAGCGAAGGGCCGGACUGACGGAUGAAGCACGAGAUCGAGAAUAGCCGGAGAUGAUCGAGGUUGAAGAAAUUUCACUUUGUGGGCGUUUGUUGGGUUUAAAGAGAUUGUAAUGGUGACAACUAGGAACCCAAAGGAGGCCAAUUAUGUUGCUGGUGAUUGACCUAGCACCACAAACCGGUGAUGUUCAAGCACGUUCUAAAUCUUCUGCUGCUAGAAGGGCGGCAUAAGGUAGCCAACGAGAAGAAGUGGAUCUUCCAAGGCAUCUCACUGAGGUAUAGCUGAGAGAGGUUGCACCAAAUCCUAACAUGGUGUUAGCCAUUGGAAGAUUGCUCAAGGAGUAGCGGAAUGACAUGACCAACUACAUUGUGAGUCAUAUGUCAGACGUAAUCAAACCAGUGGUCAUUAAUGCUAUGAAUGAUGCAUCGUUGAGACUA